AUGUACCGCUCCACCAAGGGCGCCUCCAAGGCGCGGCGGGACCAGAUCAACGCCGAGAUCCGCGCCCUCAAGGACCUGCUGCCCGUGGCCGAGGCUGACAAGCUGCGCCUCUCCUACCUGCACGUCAUGUCCCUCGCCUGCAUCUACACCCGCAAGGGUGUCUUCUUCGCCCAAGGUGGGUACCGCGGCGUGGACCUGGUUGCCCAGGGCGACAGCAUCUAUGACAUCCUGGACCCAGCCGACCACUUCGUGAUGAGGAACCAGCUGGCAUUGCCAUCGCCCCCUGACACAGAGCGCCUGUUCCGGUGCCGGUUCACCACAGCAAAGGCAGCACGGCGCCAGGGCGCAGGCAACAAGCUGGUGCUUCUGCGCGGCCGCUUCCACCCACCCCUGCCGGGGCCUUACUGGGCCUCCAACCCUGUGAUCACAGCCUUCGCUGCCCCCCUGGAGCCUGCACCACGCCCUGGUCCCAGCCCUGGCCCUGCUGGCCUGCUUCCAGCUGCCUUCGAGACCUGCCAUGCCAAGAACAUGGCUCUGCUGGAUGCCUCUGACAGUGUGCUGUUCCAUCUGGGCUUUGAGCGGGCUGAGCUCGUGGGGCGCUCAUGGUACGGGCUGCUGCACCCUGAGGACCUUGGCCAUGCAGCCACCCAGCACUGCCGCCUGCUGGGCGAUGCUGGAGACGGUCCUGUAGAGCUGGUACUGAGGCUGCAGAGCCGAGACGCGCUGCGCUGGGUCUGGGUCUACGUCCUGGCCCGGCCGGAUGGCCCCGACCGCCACGUCUCCUGCCACAACUAUGUCAUCAGCGAGCCAGAGGCCUGGUGUCUGCGCCAGCAGCUGGCUCUGGAAGACCCUCAUGGGGGCUUGGCCCCGGCUCCAACUCCAGCUCCAUCUCUGGCUCCAGCUCUUACUUCAGCUCCAGCCUUCCCCGAGGGGCCCAUGAGCAAGUCUGUGCCGGGGACCACACCGGAGCCAAUGCCAGAGGGCUGCGGCCUACCCUACGAGAAGCUGCCGCCCACCCCCGACUGCCCGGGCAGCGGAGACUGCACAGUGAUGACGCUGCCCCGCAUCACUGGACCCCUCUACGUGGACGUCCCUGCUGGGCUGCUCACACCCGAGGCCUCGCCGGGCAAGCGGGGGCCCUGCCUCUGGCCCCUAGCCCUGGACAAAGCUUGGCCUGGGCUGGAUUUGCUACCAGACCCUGAGGAUGCCGCGCUGCUGGAAGACACAGCCAGCGUGGAGGAGCUCCUGGACGCGCUGCUGGUGGAAGCUGGAGCUUGGGGGGGGGUUUCCCCCAGCCUGCUGCCCCUCCCUGCCGCUGCCUCCCCGCCUGCACCCCCUGGCCCUGGGGGCCUGUCCCCUGCCGAGCGGCACCUCCUGGACGACCUGGCAUCCUACGAAACCGCCUUCGAGGCAGGUGCCUCGAGCCGCCCCCGUGAUGGGGCGGGUGAGUUGCAUCAACUCCAUGGACGCCCGAGUGACGCCUUCCACCCAGAUGGAAGCGAGAGUGACCCCACGUUCUGAAAUAAGUCUGUGACUUAACUUCACCCAGUAUGGCAUAUUGUCAUAUUUCGAGGAACCCCCUCUCCUCCCCCGCCUGCCAGCCGGCACGGAGACAGCGCCCGGACGCCUGGGUUCUCCGACUCCCCCACACCCCGCACUGGACGGCGCGU